UGUAGCUUCCUUCACUUCUUCAGUCAAAGAUUAGCUUUUGUUGGGCAUUUAUCAUUCUGAGUAGAUUGUCGUUUCAUCACGAGUCAGUUAUUUAUUAGCUGUGUGUUAUAGCAUAACAAUCCACGUCAACAUCGCAUUGCCAAAGUGAUCUUGUUGUCAACUACAUUUGAUCGAGAGAUUGAGACUGUGCUGUGUUUACCACAUCACAUUUUUGCAAGCCCCAACUUGUCUAGGCUAGCCCUGCGUGUGGACUCCGUACAGCUAGUACAGUGACGAUGGGGUUCGGUUCGAAGUCUCAGAAAGGAGGUGGAGCACCAGCCUAUCCAACUCAGUCAUCAAGCUACCCGAGGCAAGGUGCUGCUGCACAACCAGUGAAUGCUCCUGUAGCUGCUCCAGCUGGUGCCCCCGUUGCUGGAAUGAUGCCGCAGGGCGGAUAUCAACCUCAAGCUGCCCCUGGCGCCUACCCUGGACAGCCAGCUGCCCCUGGUGCCUACCCUGGACAGGCGGCUUACCCAGGUCAGGGUGCACCGGCAGCAACACCGUAUAUGGCCAACGCUUACCCCGGGCAGCAGCAGCAGCCGCCAGCACAGCAGGCUGCAUACCCGGGAUACCCACCACAGCAGCAAGGUGCAGCUAUGCCAUACGCACCGCAAGCAGCAGAUAGCAAAAUGGGCUAUCCCGGUGCUGGCCCUGGAGCUGCACCCUACCCGCCCAGCAGUGCUCCAGGUGCUUCGGCAGCGCCGUACCCAACAGGACCAGCCCCAGGCGAGCACCCGCCACCGUAUGAUCAGAGCAUGGGUGGGCCUGCCGGCGGUGCUGUACCUCCACAUGCUGGUGCUACUGCCCCAGCAGCACAGCAUGCUAAGCAGGCUGCCUAUCCAGCGUACCCGGGCAGCCAGCCUGGUGCCGCACAAGCCUACCCAGGCCAGCCUGGUGCUGCACAAGCCUACCCGGGCCAGCCUGGUGCUGCACAAGCCUACCCGGGCCAGCCUGGCGCACAAGCCUAUCCGGCGGCAGCAUCACCGUAUCCCGCUGCUGCACCCAUGGCUGCUGCACAGUAUGGUGCACAGCCCGGCAUGCAGCAAUACCCUGGCCAGCCUAACACAGCGUAUGCUGCCCAGCCUGGCAUGCAGCAAUACCCUGGUCAACCCAACGCAGCGUAUGCUGCCCAACCUGGCAUGCAGCAAUAUCCGUCACAAGGAAUGAGUUAUGCACCAGCUACUGGCGCUGUGACAAUUCAGACAAAUGUCCAGAACUUGGCAUGUAGUGAAUUUGAUUCCAACGCCAAGCUCGGUGGCAGGAACGGCGGUUCUGCAACUAUUCCUCCACCUCCCCCUGGUUGCAUGCCCACACGUGAACAAGUUCAGUCUGCCAGUGGAGCUCCUGUUGCAAUUCGUCAGAAACAAAAGAAGUUCUUCUAAACCAGACCACCGGUAACCAGUUAGCUGUACUGGCAAACUCCAAUUUCCCUGUGAACUCUAGGAUGUAUAAGUUCAGUUCAUGUUCUCUUCAGCGGCUGUAUCAUAGCAUGUGUGCAGGUUUGCAUACUAGCAGUGUCUGUAUGGCCAGUCUCUUACCUAUCGUCACAGGAGAUGCACAGAAAACUGUGUUGACAAUUUGAUAUGACUUGAUACCCCUUUAUCUCUGUACAUAUGCAAUACACACACAUGCACAGUCUGCUAGUAUUUCAGUCAUUUUCCUUUUGUGUUUGUCUGAGUUUGUAGUUUUUUUUCUUGAGAUGUUGAAUAGAGAUAAUGGCAAAUGGUUACACGGUGUGUGCCACAUGCGGCAUUUCCAUCCUACCACAGUCCACUUUUUUUAUUUUGCUGUACAUACUAUUCUAGGCUGUGCUUAUACUUGGCGCUGGCGAAUAUUAGCAAACUGAUGUCAAAGAUUCCCAGCUGAUGACUUUUUGUUUCUGAUCUUGUAUUAUCUAUAAUAAUGACUCCAUCUACCAACAGUAAUGUUUGGUUGUGUUGUGCAUAGCCUGGCGAGAAUGUUACCCAGCUGAUAGGGAGCAUCUGACGACAAGACUCGCCUCACUCUCGGUGCAUUGUGUGAUGAAGAG